AUGGCAACUAUUUUCAAUAAAAAAGUUAAAUCAGCUGUUACAAUUUUGUUGUCAAAAGGUUAUGAACUUAGCGCAGUGUCUUUGCUAAAAUCAUCACAGAAUCAUCCGUCCCAUCUUCGCAGACUUCCGCUGGUGAAUGAGAUUAAGCAGCAGAAAAAGAAAGACGUGGAGAAAAUCUUGACCAAACAGUUCGGAGAUCAAUGGUCACAAAAUCCUGAACUUGAAUGGUAUAAAACCAUUAUUUCCAAUGAAACAGCUACUACAUCUCAUCAUACAUGUGCAGAAAAUAACGUCGAUGAUGAUGAUGUUGACUCCGAUGUCGAGGAAUGUGAUUGUUGCGAGCCCGAUCUGCAAGAGAUUGUCUAA